UUCAAAUCUUGUUGACCAACGUAAGCUGAUUUGUUUAUAUUAUGUAGCCUUUAAACUACUUCUUUUUAGUUCAGAUUGGGUUCCAUUGUUAAACGCAAAGUGUUGCCUCAAAAUGGAUGCAACCAACGCUAUUACGGAAUUAACUGCCACUGAACAGAGAAUUAUCAAAAUUAAAUCGGAUAUAGAUCAAUUCGAUGAACUUCUUAAAAGUGUGACCAGUGGAUAUGGCGACAAAGACAGUCUUAAUGAAAAAUAUCAUAACUUAAUACUUUCUACUAAGGAUUUGUCGUCUCACCUGGCAGUUAUUCAAAAAGUGAUUGAAGUUGGAUCACAUAUUCCUGACCUACGUGCACGAGCUCGUACUCUUAACACUCAAGCCAUAAACCAAUUAGGGCGUUUGCGAAGACUAGGCGGCGUUGUUCAACAGCAUGUUCGUAAUGAAAAAAAUGUAUUCUCAGUCAAUUGUCAAGGACAGUACCCGUCACUUGGUAUCUUCUCAAUUGAUCAAGAACCUUUAGAACAGAAACAUAUUUCUUUAGAAUCAAAGGCAGAUAUCCAAAGAGCGCAUGAAAUGGAACAGUUGGAAUCUGAUAUAGUUCAAGUAAACGAACUUUUCACAACACUUGCUACAUAUAUUCACGAUCAAGGAACGUUAGUUGAUUCUAUUGGAGAUAAUAUAGAAGUAGCUUAUGAACAGGUUCAAAGUGGUACAGAACAAUUAAGCACUGCUACAAAACAUCGUAAAUCAGCACGACGAAAAAAGUGCAUUUGUCUUGGUCUUAUAUUAUUAAUUUUAUUUAUUUUAGCUUUAGCAAUAGGAUUAUCAUUAAAACAAUAAAUAAUUCUCAUCAACUAUUGUCAUUUUGGCUUUUUGGUGUGUAUUCUCAUCAACUAUUUUCAUUAUAUCACUAUGUUUUGAUUUUUGUUUUGUUUUUAAAAAAAAAAAGAAACAUACUUUUCACUUUUACUGAAAUCAAUCGCUUCAUGUCUUUCAUAAUUCAUCUUCAUUAAAUUAUAAUCUUUCUUUAUAUCCUUCAUUAUUUGGUAAUGAUCUAAUAUUCAUAUAUGAAUUUGAUUGUAUAGUUAAAGUUAUAUUAACCAGUGAUUGUUUACUUCUGUGAUUUGUAUCAUGAUGGGAUAAUAGAAAGUUCUUAUUUCCUCGCAGAGAAUGGUAAUGUUUAGUGAUAGUCAAACCUUCAAAGUUAUCGUAUUUUGUUAUCUAGUAAAUGUAAAUUGUAUUUGUCAACGUUUUAAAAGUUGGAAAGUAAAGCUGAUGCUGAAACUUGUAUUUACGA